UGAAGCAAGGAAACAUGUCUGUCACCGAUUAUGCUGCGAAAUUUGUGGAGCUGUCCAAAUUUUAUCCUCAUUACACUGGUGCGGGUGCUGAAUUUUCAAAGUGCAUCAAGUUUGAAAACGGAUUGCGCUCUGAAAUUAAGAAAGCUGUUGGGUAUCAGAAGAUACGCAUUUUUACUGAAUUGGUUGAUAGCUGCAGGAUAUUUGAAGAGGACAAUAAUGCUCAUUACAAGAUUGUCAGUGAUCGCAGAGGCAAACAACAUCAAAACCGUGGCAAGCCGUAUGAUGUUCCAGCUGGGAAAGGGAAACAAAGAGCUGCUCCGACUCAGAGAGCUAGUGGGGGAGGUGCUCCUACUGGUAUAGUUUGCUUCAGAUGUGGUCAGGCUGGUCAUAAGAGUAAUGUAUGCACUGCUGAAGUAAAGAGGUGUUUUCGCUGUGGUAAGACUGGGCAUGCAAUAGCUGAUUGCAAGCACAAGGAAGUGAUUUGUUUUAAUUGUGGUGAAGAAGGGCAUAUUGGAAGUCAGUGUCAGAAGCCGAAGAAAGGGAAUCAGUCUGGAGGCAAGGUCUUUGCUUUAUCGGGUUCUGAGACUUCUGCUGAUGAUCGUUUGAUCCGAGGUAACGAGCAGUGAGUUGAGUAGGAGCUAGUGCUUGAAGUCUAGUGUGGUUAGAGGGUCAUGCUCUGAUAGAUGUAACAUCGGGACGGGAUGUUUGAAUUGU